AUUCAAAUAAUGAAGAUAUUGAUAUUUCAAAUACUAAAAUUAUUGAGUUAGUAACUAAGUCAAUUGGAAAAGGCACAUAUAGACCAAUUAAAGAAAUAUUAGCUUAUCUGAUUCCAGUUUGGCUUGAAAAAGGAAUUAUAAAAAUAGAUCUACCUAUCAUUCAUAUAAGAAUCUCAGGUGACGAAGUUGCAUUAAAUAUCUUAAUCACCGACCUCAACAGUAUUAAAGAUGGUUAUAAAGAUCAACAAGGUAGACAAUGGCAAAUCAAACUAUAUUUUAGCGCAGAUUGGAAAAUGCUUGCACUUUGCUUAGGCCAUAAGGCCACCAAUUCCGAUCAUUUUUGUCUUUGGUGUUGUUGUAGUAAAAACGAAAAUGGAAAUUUAGACCUUGACUGGACAAUUCAAAAAAAUAUAGAGAAAAUUAAUGAAAAUUACAUGACAAUCAAUGGACAUAAAAAAAAACCACUUUUUUCAAUGAUUCCACUUACUAAUUGGGAUCAUACAACUACUGCAAAUCAAUUUAAAACUGAUGCUAUUACUUGGCUUCGGUUAUUUCUUACAAAAUCGUCAGGAGAAUUCAAUAAGGCAACAUUUACAAGAGGGCUUUACCGACCUAAUGAUAUUACUCCGUACAUACAUGUAAUGGUAUAUCAUCUACCUGAAUUUAUUGAUUCACAUAGAUGUUUUGGAAUAGAUAGUUUCUCUUGUGCAGCUGUUGAGAAAAAAAAUAAUCAGCAAGUAUCAUAUUUCUUCAAAAAAACUUUAAAAGAUGGUGAACAUCAACAUACUCAAAAAGCUGCUAUUCUCGAAAUAUUAGAUUAUGAUAAUCGAG